AUGUCAACAAAUGGAAUGAAUUAUUCGAUGUACAAUACUGUUGCAUAUCCUCAAAUGAACCAGCAGCAGCAGCAGCAGCAGCAACAACAACAACAACAGCAAUCUUUCUAUGGACAGCCAUUUCAAAAUGCUCUUUCACAGCAAACAAUCUCUCCAUAUGGUGCUUAUCCGAUGUAUUCUUCAACUUCAAUACCGAAUUCAGCACAAUAUAACAGUUAUGAUCAUAUUAUUCGAUCAACUGCCGAAACUCUUGCUGCUUUUAAUCAUUCAACUGAAACAUCAAUGCUUAAUAAUUCUCAAGCACACUUUAAUCGAUCGAAUAAUGCUCAACCGAGUUCAAAUCGUCGUUCCACUAAAAGCUCUUUCAAUGCAAAUAAUGCAACACGUAUGUAUUAUUGUGAAACAUGUCGUAUAGCAUGUGGUGGUCAUGCAACAUAUCAAGCACAUUUAAAUGGAUCUAAACAUAAGAAAAAAGAGCUCGUUGCUCAAAAUCAACAAUCAUCUGUUAACACAAGUUCGAAAAUAGGUGUUAAUAUAAUUCGAUGUGAAUUAUGUGAUAUAACAUGUACGAGCUCAGAUGCCUAUAAAGCACAUUUAGAUGGAAGUAAACAUGAAAAAGCUACGAAAUUGCAUCGUAAAUUAGGUAAAACUAUACCAUCAAUAGAGCCUCAAAUUUUGAAUAAUACUUCAACAUCAUCUCAAAUGAAUGUCACUUCACAAACUGCACCAAAUGAAUCUCAGACUAUGAGAAAUGACAGUCAACAAAUAGCUCUAUCGAGUUUACUUGAAAAUAAUAUUAAACCCAUUGGCGAAGAAUAUAUUGAAACAACAUAUGAUAACACAAAUAAGCCCAUACUUUAUAAUUGUAAACUAUGUGAUUGUAAAUUUAAUGAUAUUAAAGGAAAAGAUAUGCAUUUAAAAGGAAAACGUCAUCGACUUUCAUAUAAGAAAAAAGUAAAUCCAAAUUUUGUAGUCGAUAAUAAUGCUACUAAUAAAUUGACAAAUUUAAAACCAAAACAAAGCAAUAAUCAGCAAUCCAACGAUAUCAAUUCUAAUACAGAAUAUAUAAGUACACAGCAAAUGAUGAAUAGUAAUAAUCAAUCAGAUAUUGACGAUGACACAAGAUGUUUAAUGAUGCUACAUCAACAAAUCAUACCAUCACCUACCCUACUAAACACUAUAGAACAAUUCGUCAGUGCUGUUGAAUCAGCUUUAAAAUCUUGUUCAAAACAACUUCAAACGUCCACCACAUUGCUGACCGAUAACAAUACUUCUGUAUCCGAAACGGAUGUUAAUGAAUCACCUUUAAUGGGUGUAUCUCGUGUCGGUUUACUUGGGAAAAGUUUAAUAAUCAAAACAGAUCGCUUAUUUCAUAUUGUUGUUCUUUGUGCAGAAUGGCCAACGAAAAAACUUUUUCAAUCGAUCGCAGCCAUACUUUCAGAUAACUUAGAUGAUACAUGGAAAAAUAAAAUUCAAGUUCAACAUCAACUCGAUCAAGAAACCAUAAUCGUACAAACAAAUACAGAAGAAGGAAUAAUGUAUAUCUCAAUCGCAUUUACUUCAUUGGCUAUUCAACAGCACGACAAAUACGAAAAUCAAUUUGAAGAAUUUCUAUCGAAAAUAAACUGUCUAAAUGCCUUAAAUUUAAUUCAAUCAACUCGAUGGUUUCAAAAUCAAGCGAGUCCUCGACAACACGCAUCAGCAUUAGUUCGUUGUUUACGUUAUAAAACGAAAAUAUCAACCAAUUGGAAAUCAUUAUCAUCUGAAGCUAUUGAAAUUCUUAUUGAUCAAACUUUAUCACAAUACUUAUCAGCUGUGAACGCAUUUCGACGUGUUCUAGAAUAUAUUUCCGGUGGUUUAGUGUUAUCAAAUGGUCCCGGUUUAUGCAUACCUUGGCAAACAGAUUCAAUGAAAGAUAUCUUCGAAAAUUUAACGAAUCAAGAAAGAAAUGACACAACUCAGGAAGCUCAAUUAGGUUUACGUUUGAUGUCAUAUGGGCAAUUAUCGAAAUGGUUUGAACAAUCGAAAAUUCAACAAUUAAUAGUCAUGUUACCAAAGCGCUCUUUGUCUGAUUGUGAUGAUCAAACUCCAGUAAAACGACAAUGUACGGAAUCAGAAUGA